AUGGAGCCCGCCCGGGUCGCCGCGACGCGCGACGGCGCGACGCACACGGAGCACGUGUCCGUGCGGGUCCGCGUGCGGCCCGGCGGCGGCGGCGGCGUCGUCGCCCUCGACGACCGCGUCGCGGCGAUAGGAGACAAGCGCUUCGCCUUCGACCGCGUCCACAACACCACCGCCACCCAGGAGGAAAUCUACGCCGAGGCCGUGGCGCCGCUCGUCGCGGGCGUCCUGGACGGGUACAACGCGGCGGUGCUCGCCUACGGCCAGACGGGCAGCGGCAAGACCUACACCAUGGGCUGCGGCGGCGGCGCGGUCGCGGGCGCCGCGCGGGGCGUCGUGCCGCGCGCCGUCGCGGACCUCUUCGCCGCCGCGGACCGCUCCGGCGGCGCGCUGCGCGUGCGCGCGACCUACGUCGAGAUCUACAACGAGGAGCUCGUCGACCUGCUCGCCCCGGCCACGCCGAGCGCGAAGCUCGCGAUCCGCGAGCUCGGCAGCCGCGGCGUCGUCGUCCAGGGCGCGCGCGACGUCGAGCUCGCGACGGCGGACGCGGCCCUCGAGCUCCUCGCCGCGGGCAACGCGAGCCGCACGACGAAGGCGACGGCGCUGAACGAGACGUCGAGCCGGAGCCACGCGAUCCUCACGCUCGCGGUCGAGCGGCGCAAGGUGCUCCUCGAAGAGCGCGCCGGGUCGCCCGCGGACGUCCGCGCGUCGACGCGGCUCGCCGUCGUGCGCUCGAAGCUCCACCUCUGCGACCUGGCGGGCUCGGAGCGCGCGAAGCGCUCGGGCGCCGAGGGCGCGCGGCUCCGCGAGGGCAUCGCCAUCAACUGCGGCCUGCUGACUCUGGGCAAGGUGAUCUCGGCGCUGAGCGACGCGGACCGGAGCCGGCGGCCCGUGCACGUGCCCUACCGCGAGUCGAAGCUGACGCGCCUCCUCGCCGACUCGUUAGGGGGCACGGCGCGCACGGUCAUGCUCGCCUGCGUGUCGCCGGACGGCGACGACGCGCCAGAGUCCGCGAACACGCUCGGCUACGCCGCGCGCGCGCGCAACAUCAAG